AUGAGUAUGAGUAGCGGCACACCACGACCACUCGAUACUGACGACGAUUCAGAGGACGCCGCUAAAAAAGCCACGACUAAAGGAACACCACCACCAACGACGACGACUGAAAUGAAAGCGUCUCCUGGACACCGAUCUUUAUUCAGUCGCGUCUCCACCUUUGGGUCUGACUUGGUGAACGCCCUCGGCGACGGGAUUAACUAG